CGUCAUACCAUUUGGUCCCCAUGGAUAUACUAUUCAGCGAUUCUGGCUGGGAAUGGCCCGCCUUUAAGAGCCCGAGCACAUCCGAAAGUCUUGGCAGAGGAGGCAGCGGGUAAGAUGGCGCGGAAGCUGGUGUUCGCCGUCAACGGAGAGCGUUUCGAGCUUGCCCAGGUCGAUCCCUCCACCACCUUGCUCGAGUUCUUGAGGACCCAGACGCGGUUCAGAGGCCCCAAGCUCGGGUGUGGCGAGGGUGGCUGUGGAGCUUGUGUUGUUCUUCUCUCUACGUACCACCCUGUUAACGGGCAAGUGAAAGAAUUUAGUAUUAGCUCAUGCCUGACGCUUCUUUGCAGCAUAAAUUUCUGUUCUGUUACCACCUCCGAGGGGCUGGGAAAUAGUGAGGAUGGCUUCCAUCCGAUUCACGAGAGGUUUGCAGGGUUUCAUGCGUCCCAAUGCGGAUUUUGCACUCCUGGCAUGUGUAUGUCACUUUUUUCUGCUCUUACCAAUGCUGACAAGACCAGUAGGCCUGAGCCUCCUGGUGGAUUUUCGAAGAUCACAAAGACCGAGGCUGAGAAGGCCAUUGCCGGCAAUCUUUGUCGAUGCACUGGUUAUCGGUCCAUCGUAGAUGUCUGCAAGAGCUUUGCAGCUAAUGUCGAUUUGGAGGACUUGGGCCUGAAUACGUUCUGGAAGAAAGGGAAUAAAGAUGCAACGGUUUGUAGAUUACCUCGUCAUGGCCAUAAAAGAAUCUGCACAUUUCCUGAGUUCUUGAAAUCUGAGAUCAAGUCCUCAAUGGAUAUCUUGGACAAUUUCAAGAAUAUGGGCUUGCCAGAGUGUCAGUGGUAUCGACCUACCAGUAUCGAAGAGCUUUAUGAGCUUUUAAAUUCCGACGCAUUCCUUGAAAGCCAUGUAAAAUUGGUUGUUGGUAAUACAGGGUCUGGUGUUUACAAGGAAAACGACCUGUAUGAUAAGUAUAUUGAUCUCAAAGGGAUUCCAGAGCUCUCGGUGAUCAGAAGGGAUAGUGGAGGGGUUUCAUUUGGGGCUGCUGUGACGAUAUCUAUGGCUAUUGAAGUGCUGAAACAAAAAAAUGAAAGUGAGCUGCACUCUAAUGAAAGAUUGGUCUUCAGCAAGAUUGCUGAUCAUAUGGAUAAGGUGGCUACACCAUUCAUUAGGAAUAUGGCAAGCUUAGGAGGAAAUUUAAUUAUGGCACAAAGAAGUCAAUUUGCCUCAGAUGUCGCUACAAUACUUCUUGCUGCUGGAUCAACUAUCUGCCUUCAGACAGCUUCAGAAAGGCUAGUUCUUCCACUGGAGGAAUUUUUACAAAGGCCUCCCUGUGAUGACAGAACUGUACUUAUAAACAUACACAUUCCUUUUUCAACUUCUGUAAUGGAGUCAUCUUCUGGAGCUAAAGGAUGCAUUGAUUCUGAACCUACAAAGGAAGCCAAUAUACUAUUUGAAACAUACCGAGCAGCCCCACGACCUCUUGGAAAUGCUAUUGCUUAUGUGAACUCUGCCUUUUUGGCUCAUGUUACUUCAUAUAACAUCUCUGGGGAUCUUGUUAUACAUAAUAUACAUUUGGCCUUUGGUGCUUACGGCAGUGAACAUGCCGUGAGAGCAAGAAAAGUUGAGAACUUUUUGGUGGGUAAAUCUGUCACUGCCUCUGUUUUACUUGGAGCCAUUAAAUUACUUAAGGAAACCAUCAUACCAAAUGAACACACUCCUCAUUCAAGAUAUAGAUCAAGUUUAGCAAUUGCUUUUCUAUUCAAAUUUUUUCAACCACUACUAAAAGACUUGAGUGUGCCUGAGAAGAACGUUCAAAUGUCUGUUUCUAGUGCUGCUGCGACAAUUGAAAACUCCAAUGGCUGUAUCAGUGGAUUUGCUGAUGAUCUGCCUCGUAGGGCAUCAAAUGUUAAACAACUUGAUCAAGCGAACAAUCCUGAUCUGAUCUUAUCUUCGGAGCAGAUGGUUGAGUUUUGCAAGGAUUAUCAUCCAGUUGGUGAUCCUAUCAAAAAAACUGGAGUUGAAUUACAAGCCUCUGGUGAAGCAAUAUACGUGGAUGAUAUUCCUUCUCCAAAGUACUGUCUUUAUGGAGCAUUUGUAAAUAGCACAAGGCCUUUGGCACAUAUAAAGGGAAUCAAAUUCAAAUCUACAUCAUCAUCGCAGAAAGCCUUUACAUUUAUUGGUGCUGAUGACAUUCCAAAAGGAGGUCAAAAUGUUGGAUUAUCUUGUCAAUAUGGAACUGAAUCUUUAUUUGCUCACUCUCUGACUGAGUGUGCUGGUCAGCCACUUGGCAUUGUGAUUGCAGAAACACAGAGACAAGCUAACAUGGCUGCUAAACAAGCAGAUGUACAAUAUUGCACUGAGAACUUAGAACCUCCAAUUUUGUCAGUUGAAGAUGCUGUUAGAAGAUCCAGCUUUUUCAAAGUUCCUCCAUUUUUGUGCCCUCAAAAGGUUGGAGAUCUCUCCAAAGGAAUGGCAGAAGCUGAUCACAAGAUUCUCUCAGCUGAGGUGAAGCUUGGUUCUCAGUAUUAUUUUUACAUGGAAACACAAACAGCUCUUGCCAUACCAGACGAAGACAAUUGUAUUUUGGUCUACACUUCAACUCAGUGUCCCGAGAUUGCACAAGGUACUAUUGCAAAAUGCCUAGGCAUACCUGCUCACAAUGUCCGGGUUAUUACAAGAAGAGUUGGUGGAGGUUUUGGUGGGAAAGGACCAAGAUCAGUGCCUGUUGCGACUGCAUGUGCUCUUGCAGCAUUUAGAUUGCGCCGUCCUGUUAGGAUGUACCUGGAUCGCAAGACAGAUAUGAUAAUGACAGGAGGGCGACAUCCAAUGCACAUAAACUACUCUGUGGGUUUCAAGGCUGACGGGAAAAUUACAGCCUUGCAUGUAGAUAUCUUAGUCAAUGCAGGAAUAACAGCUGAUGUUAGUAUAAUUAUACCAUGUAACAUGGUAUCAGCACUAAAGAAGUACAACUGGGGUGCUCUUUCUUUUGAUAUUAGGCUCUGCAAGACUAAUUUUUCAACAAAAUCAGCUAUGCGGGGUCCAGGAGAAGUACAGGGAACUUUUAUUGCUGAAUCUGUUAUUGAACAUGUAGCAUCAUUCCUGUCCAUUGAUGUGAAUUCUGUUCGAAAGAAAAAUCUCCACACCUAUGAUAGUCUUAUGUUGUAUUAUGAAGGUAGCACUGGAGAUGCUCCUGAAUAUACUUUACCUACUAUGAUUGAUGAGUUGGCUUCAUCUGCUAGCUACUUUGAUCGUCUUGAAAUAAUACGGCAUUUCAAUAGUUGCAAUAAAUGGAGAAAACGUGGAAUUUCUUUGGUACCUGUUGUGUACCAAGUAGUGCUACGACCAACACCUGGGAAAGUAUCUAUUCUAACUGAUGGUUCAAUCGUUGUCGAAGUUGGAGGAAUUGAGAUUGGUCAGGGGCUGUGGACAAAGGUGAAGCAAAUGACAGCAUUUGCCCUUGGACAAUUAUGGGUUGAUGGAAGUCAAAACCUUUUGGAUAGGGUGCGGAUCAUUCAGGCAGAUACUUUGAGUUUGGUUCAAGGAGGCUUGACUGCUGGGAGCACCACAUCUGAAGCAAGUUGUGAGGCAGUUCGUCUAUCCUGCAAUGUUCUAGUUGAUAGACUAAAGUCUCUAAAGCAAAGUUUAGAGGACAAAACAGGUUCUAUCUCAUGGGAUACACUAAUUUUUCAGGCAAAUAUGCAGUCUGUGAACUUGUCAGAGAGUACAUACUGGGUUCCUGAAGAUGCUUCUAUUAGCUAUCUCAAUUUUGGAGCUGCUAUAAGUGAGGUGGAGGUAGAUGUUCUUACUGGAGCUACUAUAAUUUUGAGGACUGACCUUGUAUAUGAUUGUGGACAAAGCUUGAAUCCUGCUGUGGAUUUGGGACAGAUUGAAGGAGCAUUUGUUCAAGGCAUUGGUUUCUUCAUGUGUGAAGAAUACCUUGAGAACUCUGAUGGCUUGGUGAUUUCAGAUGGUACUUGGACAUACAAAAUCCCAACUAUUGACACCAUCCCGAGGCAGUUCAAUGUCAAAUUAUUGAACAGUGGACAUCAUGAAAAACGGGUUCUCUCAUCGAAAGCUUCUGGGGAACCACCUUUAGUUCUGGCAAGUUCAAUUCAUUCCGCAACUAGGGAGGCCAUAAUAGCCGCUCGGAUGGAAUUCUCUUCUCCUACUGGCUCUGAUAGCUCAUCAUCAUUUCGAUUGGAAGUGCCGGCAACCAUGCCCGUGGUCAAGGAGCUCUGUGGCCUUGACAAUGUGGAGAAGUACUUGAAAAACUUAGUGUCUUCCCAUCAAGUGAAAGCCUAACAAGUUCUCGUGUCAUCACUAAAAUCUAUCAUCUUGAUGCAUUAAACUGCAGGUAAAUGCCUAAAUCCAUAUUACCAAAGAUGUUUUAGCAGCUACUGAGUGUGAUCUUUUGUUCAAUCAUUGAGACUGCAAAAUGGUUUGUCCAGAAGUCAAAUAUUAUUAUGUAUAAUUUCAAGGUAUAAUCAAAUGUAUCCGAAGACAUUGUUAUUUUGUCUGAUAGAUGUGCUUUGCUGUGAUCUUGAAUACAAAACUGGUAACUUUUUAUUU